AUGGCUGCUCCCAAGCGAAGAAAGUCUGCCACUGCUGCUGCUGCUGCUGUUGCCGACGCCGCCAUCAAACCCGAGGAGACUACCAAUCCAGAAAAGCCCCCCCCUGCCCCCCGGAGGUCCAGUCGCCGUAUUCACGACGUCAAGAAAGUCACCGAGGCCGGCGCCGGCAUGCGCCCCACCCCUUCCGAUCCAGACAAGGAGCCACCUGCCAAGCGCCGCCAGCUCAGUCGCAAGAUGCUCAAAUCCCACGAUGGCGUUCGACAUGCCAUGAGAGAGCUCAGUGAGAUGGAACACCGUCUCCAAAACUCCACCAGGAAUCAACGUCUUGUCAUUGAAACCAGCCACGUCGUUGGCGGCAACAAGAAACGUCCCGAGGAUCAGUCUUGGCGUCCCGUUGUCAAAACGGAGCUGUCCAAUCCUGAAGAGCGCGCCCGUGAGGUGGAAGAGCAACGAUCAGGGACCCCGGACCUGGAUGUCGCCCCUAUCGAAGGCCCUGAAGCUGAGGGGGCCAUUGCAGACGUCGAAGACGACAAGCUUCGCGAAGAAGACGCCCCCGAGCGGGGCGCAGCGAGAGCACCACCAGUGAAUAGCGACUAUCUUCCACUGCCUUGGACAGGACGUCUAGGUUAUGCCUGUCUCAACACAUAUCUACGAGCUGCCAACCCGCCCGUCUUUAGCUCAAGGACAUGUCGCAUUGCAUCUAUCAUACAGCAUCGGCAUCCUCUCGCUGAUCCAAGUCAGCCUGAGCAUGCCACAAAGAACCGACCCGAUGACACACAGCCUGCUGAUAUCAAGCUGGGCCAAAAAUAUGUCCAAGAGUUGGGAUUAGCAAACGCUCGAGACAUUGUCAAGAUGCUUCAGUGGAAUGACAAGUAUGGCAUCAAGUUCAUGCGCCUCAGCUCAGAGAUGUUUCCUUUCGCCAGCCACGAGGAAUACGGUUAUCGACUAGCACCGUUUGCUGCAGAUGCUCUUGCCGAGACUGGUAAGGUUGCUGCUCAACUUGGUCAUCGGCUAACAACACAUCCUGGUCAGUUUACACAACUCGGGUCACCACGUAAGGAGGUCAUAGCCAACGCUGUUCGCGAUUUGGAGUACCACGAUGAGUUGCUCUCGCUUCUACGUCUUCCCGAGCAGCAGGACAAGGAUGCGAUCAUGAUUCUUCACAUGGGAGGUACCUACGGCGACAAGCCCGCCACUGUGGAUCGCUUCCGAACCAACUAUGCGAAGCUCAGUCAGUCUAUCAAGAAUCGUCUCGUGUUGGAAAAUGACGACGUUUCCUGGUCGGUACAUGAUCUGUUGCCCAUCUGCGAGGAACUGAACAUUCCUAUGGUACUCGACUUCCAUCAUCAUAACAUCAUAUUCGACGCGAAUGAAUUGCGUGAAGGCACAGAGGAUAUCAGAAAAGUCUUUGAUCGUAUCCGCGCGACAUGGACUCGCAAGGGAAUCAGACAGAAGAUGCACUACAGCGAAUCGUGCCCGGGGGCUGUUACGCCACGAGACCGGAGGAAGCACUCACCACGCGUGAAAACACUACCUCCCUGUCUGCCCGAUAUGGAUCUCAUGAUCGAGGCCAAGGACAAGGAGCAAGCCGUCUUCGAGCUCAUGCGCACAUUCAAAUUACCUGGUUACGACCUGUUCAACGACGUCGUGCCGUACGAACGAGAGGAUGAGUAUCGAGCAAAUAAGAACGGUGCUGCUAAGAAGAAGCCGAGGAAGCCGAAGAAGAAGAAGAAGGACGAUGAUGGCGAUGAAGAGAUGGAUGAGGGGGUUGGCGAGGCUGGCCCAACCGAGGCCGAAGCAAAGACAAUCCCUCCAGAGGAAUUUGCCAUGGGCGGCCCGACACGGCGGGUGUAUUGGCCUGAGGGCAUGGAAGAGUGGCUGAAGCCUAAAAAGAGGGAGGUCAAGCGGAAGUCGACGGUUGUCAAGGACGAGUCAUGA